AUGGAUCGAACAGGGGAAGGGGUAUCAGUCAGGGUUGAAACAAGGGGAGGAGUAUCAGUCAGGGGCGAAGCAGGGGUGAAACAGGUGAAAGGAUAUCAGUCAGGGGUCGAGCAGGGGAAGGAAUAUCGUUCAGGGGUGGAGCUUAAAAGCCAGAGUAGUCAGCCGCCAAUCGAAGCCAUUAGAAGGAUUCCUAAGGUGAUUAUUAUCGGAGUGAAAAAGUGUGGAACCAGGGCUCUCUUGGAAUACCUAAAACUUCAUCCACUGAUAAAAGCCCCCGGGCCGGAGCCGCACUUUUUUGACAGAAACAACCAUCGUGGACUUGACUGGUACAGAUCAAUGAUGCCAGCAACGAACGACCACGAGAUCACCAUUGAGAAGACUCCACGGUACUUCGUGUCUCAAGAUGUGCCAGAAAAAAUAUACAAUAUGUCACCAAAUGUCAAACUUGUAGUAGUUAUACGUGACCCCGUCAUCAGAGCAAUGUCUGACUUCACUCAGGCAGUAAGUAAACAUGAGGUGAAAUCCAACCUGACCUUUCGUAAGAGAGUUCUUCGUAGAGAUGGUGACAUCAAUAUGCAUUCCUCAGUCGUUAAAACGGGUAUUUACGUUCGCUACCUCACAAAUUGGUUCCAGUAUUUUGGUAGGAGCAACAUUCACAUUGUGAGUGGUUUCGGAGACGCCUUGAGGUGUAUGUCCUGCCACAGUACACCCACUAUACAGCAGUGUCGGGGAACAACAUCAUGUAAUGAACAUGAGAUUUGUUCUAUCGAGCAGUUCAUCUCUGCAACUGGCGCAAUUUACUACAGACUUGGAUGUCAGUCCAAAGGGACAUGCCAAAACUUGAGCAUGGGAAGAAGGGGCGCUACUAACAAGACGGGUGAGGAGGACGUUGGUGACAUCGCCAUCUGUGGAGAGUGUUGCUCCUCCCUGUUCUGCAAUAUGGAGGGCUGCGGACAACCUGCUCUUCCAACUAGUGAACGAGGACCAUAUUGUUUUACGUGUGACAAAGCGUCUUUCCCGGAUGGGUGUGAUAACGUCACCAUCUGUGAAAAAGGAGAUAGCUGUAUGCUCUACAUCGACGCAAGCGACCUUGGACAAUCUGGAAACGUUUCAUACACUGGUCUAUGUGAGACAGAUCAUGUUUGUUCCGCCCUUGAACACGCACAUUUGAACAGCAAGUGUCCAGCAACCUGUUGUAAGGGCGACUUCUGCAAUACGAAAUGUGGUGAUAUAUCCACAACUGCAACAACUGUUUUGCCGUCAAUUGAUCAUACAACUCACAAUUUUGCGUCCUUGGCAACACAAAAACCAUACUGUCCGCCAGACCAUACUUUCGAUUCAUUAUCGUUGCUUUGUAUAAAGUUGGAGGAAGCAACUAAAGUCAGCUUUAGCGAAGCCCAAGCGUUCUGUCGUCAAACCGGGGAUGAGCUUGUUACACUGGACACGUACGCUAAGUUCAACUUUGUGCAAUACGCCAUCAUACAUCAUUCAAAGGAAGAACAGAAGCAAAGAAACUACUGGAUCGGUGCAUAUGCAAAUCUGACUUUAUCAGGGAAGGUGUUCGGAUGGGAAAGUAUGCGGACAUGGGACUUCACAGCAUGGGGAACAAACGAACCAGAUGGCGACCCGAGUCAACUCUGUGUUGUGCUCAAUGUCUUAGAAAAUUACGAAUGGUUUGACACUCGAUGUGACAGUCCUUUCCAUUUCAUUUGUGAGCACGACAUUUUAGUAAAUGGUGGCUUCACUGCAGGCAUGGCACACCCAACAACGUCCUUUAAACCAUUAACGACACGAUCCACACCUUCGACUGUCUCUGCGUUAACACAUUCGUCAUUGACUUCGUCGUCAACAACCGUCUUAACUACAACGUCACAGCUAAUCUGCGAUACGACGAUCGGUUUUACUCUUUUGUCCAAUGGAUCUACCAGUUUGUGUUUGAAAGUAUACAAUCAUUCCGCUACCUGGGACGUUGCUCGAUCUAUAUGCCAUGCUGAAAAUGCUGAUUUGGUUGUUCUGGACACAUCUGAAAAAGGCUUUUUAUUCAGACAAUGGAUAUCUGGUUAUGACAACCUAUUUUGGCUCGGAGCUAUGGACCACAGUAGUAGCGGUAAUAACCGUCAUCACUUUCAAUGGAUAAAUCGUCAUCCUAUAGACUCACAGAGUGAAUUCUGGUCGUCAUCUCAGCCAAAUUCAGACACUGGCCAAUACCAGUGCCUUAUUAUAUACCGGUCCAACAAUUGGCACGACAGACCAUGUAGGGAACACCAUUUGUUUAUUUGUCAAAGAAACCUUUAAAUAGUACUUUAUCAUGUCGUUUUGACUGAUUUAUUAGCUAUGCUGAUGACAAUGCUUUUAAUGUAUUCAGGUUUUGAAAAAUACACAAGUGAAAAACAAACUUAAUGCUUUGGUCGCCAACACGAUGAAAUCUGA